GGGGGCAAUAUAAAUAAGCCCAUAUAUGAUAUAUGUUGGGGUGUGUGUGAUCUGAGUCUGAGUGUAGGCAUCAGCUCAUAAGAAAAGAAAAGAAUAUAAAAAGCAAGCAAGGAACGAAUUGAAGCAUCACUUCCUUCUCUUCUUCCUUGGAAUUGAUCGCUCAGCUAAGCUCAGAUCAAUAUAUAUAAUUGCCUUCACCUUCACCUUCACCUUCACCACUUAGCUAGCUAGCUAGCUUACAAAAUCCAAAUCAAUGGAAAACAUUGGCGAUGAGUACAAACACUACUGGGAAACUCAAACCUUCCUUCAAUCCGAGGAACUCGACAGCUACUUCGAGGAGGCGAUUUCGGCGUAUUACGAUUCGAGCUCGCCGGAUGGGUCUCAAUCAUCGGCGGCAUCCAAGAACAUAGUUUCGGAGAGGAAUAGGAGGAAGAAGCUGAACGAGAGGCUGUUUGCACUCAGGGCAGUGGUUCCCAAGAUUAGCAAGAUGGACAAAGCUUCCAUAAUCAAAGACGCAAUAGAGUACAUCCAAGAAUUGAGAGAACAAGAGCGAAUAAUUCAAGCAGAAAUAUGGGAGCUGGAAUCGAGUGGGGGCUGCAGAUCCAAGAAGAGUGAAUUUGAUGAAGAGGGAAUCAGCUCUAACUCAAAGCCAAAGAGGACAAGACUUGUUGAUGACCUUCUUCCUGGGGCUGGGGGGUAUGACAAUGAAUCCCCUCCUCCCGGAUCAAGAUCUCCAGUUGAUGUUCUUGAGCUGAGAGUGUCAUCAAUGGGGAAAAAAACACUAGUGGUGAGCCUGACAUGCAGCAAAAGAACGGACACUAUGAUCAAGCUGUGCGAGAUUUUUGAGUCUUUGGACAUCAAAAUCAUAAGUGCAAACAUCACUGCUUUCUCUGGGAGGCUUCUCAAGACUCUUUUUAUUGAGGCUGAAGAGGAAGAGAAGGAUCUCUUGAAAAUUAGGAUUGAAACUGCCAUUGCAACUCUCAACGAUCCGGAUAGUCCAACAAUGGGGAUCUAGAAUAAUUCUUUUCUUUUCUUUUUUUAAU